CGUACCUUGAUCCUUCACGAGCAAUUUCAAAAGAAAGAGCAGGGGUGAAACAUGCAAAAGAGGAGCAAAGUGAAAAAGCAGCCAGGAAUAUGGAGGAGAGAGAUUGAGAACACUGGAGAUGAUGUAAAUAAUAUGAAUAUUCAGAGCAGAGAAAGUGGGGUAACUAUUUUCCUAGACUGAACAACAGAGAGCCAGUUGAGGAGGAGAAAGAGGAGGAGAGAAGUGUGAGUGGGGACGAGAGGAAACUGCUGUAGCAGAAGUUCUACUCGCAUUCAGCACUCUCAGAGUGGGCAGCCGGCAGCAUAGAAACACUAGCACACAGGCAAAAACAAACAGCAAGGAUGGAUUGGACCCCACCACUGACUUCGUAUGGUGUGGAGUGCUGUGAAUAAAAACCUGGACAAAGUGGAUCAUCAUCCAUCAAGAUGUCAUUAAAGCUGCGGUUCGACUCUCCAUCAGAGGGCGGUCUGAUGCCUCGAAGUAAAUCUUUCACUGGGUUUGGUUCUCUGACUGGUCGGCAACGGUCCUCCUCGGGUCCGAACACUUAUCGCUCCAAAUCUAUAUCAGGAGGGAAAACAGCUAAAGUCUAUUACCCGACCAGCAGAAGAGGAGAUGUCGGGUCCGUGAAGCCUGAUGAGGUGGAUCUGGUAUUCCAAGCGCUCCGGAGAGGACUGAAUAUUGGUUCAGUAUUAUUCUUCGUGACGACACUGUGUAUCAGGGAAUGCUUGGAGGGGCACCAAACUGAGAUGGACUUCCUAUCCUCACAGCAGCGAGAAACCAAAAGGAACUCCAGACUGGCUUUUUUGUACGACCUGGAGAAGGAGAUCAGAGCUCUGGAGAGAUACAUCAGGAGAUUAGAAUUUCAAAUUAGCAAGGUGGAAGAGCUCUACGAAAACUACUGCAUUCAAUGGAAGAUGAGCCGAGGAGCGGUUAACAUGAAGAGAGCUUUCUCUCUGUCUCCAUCCUCCAGAGCAUCCAGGGAGAGUUUGCUGGAACUCAGUCGGAGCCACAGACUCAGUCUACAGGACAUGUCCAUGAUGGAGGGAGAGUUAGAAAUCCUCCUGGGAGAACUGCAUAUCAAAAUGAAAGGUCUGAUUGGCUUUGCUCGUCUCUGCCCAGGUGACCAGUACGAGGUGGUGGUGCGUCUGGGCCGCCAGCGCUGGAGGAUCAGAGGCAGGAUUGACUCUGAAGACUCACAGACAUGGGAUGAAGAGGAGAUGGUCUUCCUCCCUCACAUCCACCACAACUUUGAGAUCAAGGUGACCGAGGCCAAGGGUCUGGGCUGGCUCCUUGUCGGCAUGGUGACGUGCGCGAGCGCAGACUUCUUCGUGACAAGACCUCAGCUGAUGCUGGUGGACGUUACAGAGCUGGGAACCAUCAAACUGCAGCUGGAGGUCACCUGGAAUCCCUUCGACAGCUCUGAGAAGAUGCGUCCUCUUUUCGUCAACCGUCACUCUGCAGCUAGCAGGAAGAGUUCUGUGUACAGCUGGACAGCACCAAGUACCCCAUCAUUCACUGAGAAGUACUUCCUUUCGAUGGUCCAAGGGCUACAGAACCAAGAUGGUUCCCUCUCGUCGCUGGUGUCCAAAAGCCACAACAACAGAGGAAGCAUCUCCCUGAUGAACUACCUGUCUCACCCCUCACACACCACCACAUCUAACCAAGACACCAGGAUGGACAGCAUCAGUCAUGGGACUAGUCUGGGAGGCAGCCAGUCUCAGCUGUCUCUAGAGGAGGGGGUCUGCCUUGAGGAGGAGGAAGAGGAGGAGGAGGGAGAGGAGAGGGAGGACAGGAAAGCGAUGGAGGAAGAAAGCUGGGAGAGGAGAACCUCUGCUCCCAUAACACAAGUGAAGAGGGAAACCAGCUCGGUACAGAGGUCCAGCACGCCUGACAUUCUGAGAAAGAACAAAUGUGGGGAUGCAGAGAAACACACGGGACUAGACGGUCUCACACAGGACUCUGAUAAGUCACUUCCUACCUGCGUCUCGUCCUCUUCUGCUGUGCCCCACUCCUCCACCACAGUUGCUGAUCCUGCCAUACCCAGGUCUGGUCCAGGCCGUGCCCAGCACAGAGCGCAGGCCUUCAGGCUCAGCGUGCUGGUCUCAGAACUGGAGAAGAUCCUGCAGAACCAGCAUGGCACAGAGAAGCAGCUCAGAGUCCUGCAGCACCAGAUCAUGCACCUGGCUACCAUCCUGAAGAACGAUCUCUCGCUGCUGAGAAGCUCGUCUGAGGAGGAGACUCUCGCGGUCGAGGAGGUUCUGGACAGCUUUGAUUUCCUCUCACACGACCUGAGUGCCGACGAUGACUCAUCCUGUCUUGGGAGCAUGAGACUGAAGGACAGUGGAAUGGGCUCGUUCCAGCAGAGUACCCUGAGGAGUCUCGGCCUCAUCUCUCAGAACAGUCAAUCAGCUUCUGAGGAGGAGCUGCUCGUCGCCCCGCUGACCACCGGGAACUGGAGACUGGACCAGACCUUAGAGACUCACCUCGACCUCUGCUGCAUCCUGCUGAAGACAAUGGCGACAACAGAGUUCAGCCUGGCGAGGACGGACCUGCUGGAGGAGAUGUCUCUGCAGGCCUCAGUUCUUGACACGAUCAGCUGUUUGCUGCUGGAGAAAAAAGACAACGUCGCUGCUGCUGACCUGAUUCCAAAGAACCAGAGGAGGAAGGACGUGUUGUCGUUCUGGGACCAGUGCAUGUUGGAGAGCAGCUCUCCCUUCGGUUGCCAUGCCGACUGUUUCUCCAGAAUGCUCCAGAAAAGCUUCACUCACAAGUUGAAAGCCAAGCAGUCGGGUCAUUCGGAGAAAGUCUUCCAUCAGUUGCUGCAGCAGGUUCAGGCACCCUGCAGGACAGUUCCUUGUCCUCAGUCGGUCUGCAGUCCAGAGAGAGUCACCAUCUUCCAGCUCUCUGUGUAUCUGAACCGCUGGAGUGUCCUGGACUUCGGGGGUCACAUCUCUCGUCUCUCUAAAGAAGAGCACUUCCUGUCCGCCCUUCAGGGCCCCAAUAGGAGGCAGGCUUUAAACAGACUGAAGGGGCGGAGCUUGUCCAGGCUUUUCCCCCUGAACUGCACCCUGCAGACACUGGCUCUCCUCCUGGCCGACGCCAAUCACAAAAUUUGCAAAUCCGCAGCCGAGUGUGUGAGCAGGGCGGCCGCCUGCAGGAGCUUCAGGAGAAAGGCUCUGAUCUACUUCACUGAGCGUCUGAAGGACCCAGACAUCAACAUCCAACACGGCUCGUGUCUGGCCCUCAAGUAUCUGAAGGCGACAGAGAGUGUGGACCACAUCGCAGAACUCUGGAGAUCUGAAGACGAAGACGUCCGCGCUGCCGCCAGAGAAACCAUCCUCUCAUUUGGUAAAAAGGGUCACGUUGCCUUCCAGAGGAUGGACCAGCUGUUCUGUGAGAGUGAGGAGGAGGCCUAUCAGAACAAAGAGACCCACACCACUAUUCUAUAGCAGAAGAAACUAGGACCUCGGAGAAGCCACAGCAAGCACGAGAAAGGACGACUGUGGAAGUUCGGAUAUGCAACCAGGAAGUCAUAAAAAUGGAGCGUAGUACCCAGGACUUCGUGUGGAUUUCAGAUGGACUUCGGGAAGUGAAACAAGCUGAAAAUGUGACAAAGACUGUUGUGGCAUCGCUGCCUGACUUUGUUUUAAUCCAAAAAUUAAAGAA